AUGGCAGCCCAGCCUGAAAACGUUAAUAACAUUGGGAAUCCCUUUUACCUUCAUCCCAAUGAAAACCCAGGAUUAGUUCUUGUUUCUUCCCAGAUGAAUGGAAGAAAUUUUCAUACUUGGUUGAGAGCUAUGAAAAUUGCAUUACGAUCCAAGAAUAAGCUUUCCUUUGUCGAUGGAACAAUUACCAUGCCAGGAACUGAUGAUCCCACUUAUGGAGCUUGGGACAGAUGCAAUACAGUGGUGGUGUCUUGGUUGCAACACUCCAUUUUUGAUACAAUUGUGCAAUCUGUUCUAUGGAUGGAUAAAGCCGAAGAUAUCUGGAAAGAUCUGCAAGAAAGGUUUGCACAAUCGGAUAUCUUUAGAAUUUCAGAUUUACAUGAUGAAAUCUUGAAAAUCCAACAGAACACGAAGAUGAUCAAGAGUAGACUAGAAAGAGAUAGAGUGAUUCGAUUUUUAAAGGGUCUCAAUGACCAAUUCUCCCAUGUAUGCUCUCAGGUGAUGAUGAUUGAUCCCUUACCUACUAUCAAUAAGGUUUUUUCUUUGGUAAGUCAACAAGAAAGACGUCUUAAUCUUGAUCUCAGUAUCAAUCAGAAUGAUUCCCAAGCAUUUGUUAAUGCUUUUGAUCAACGCAAAGACAGAAAUGAAUCUUCCAAUUCCAAUCCCAGUUUUAAUUCCAAUCCCAGUUUCAAUUCCAAUCCCAGUUCCAAUUUUAAUUCCAAUCCUAGUUUCAAUUCCAGUUUCAAUCCUAAUUUCAAUUCCAGAAAUGAUGGGAGAAAUACCAGUCGCUUCAAUCACAGUACAGGGAGAGGACGAGGGAAUGGAAAAUUCUGCACUUAUUGCAAGAAGCCAAAUCAUACAAUUGAGAAUUGUUAUCAGAAGCAUGGCUUUCCACCAGGCUUUCGAUCAAGAACAUCUCACACAGCCAAUUACCUCCAGUUUGAUGAAUUGGAAGAUAACAAAGAAAACCAAGAUUCUGAUGACAGUUUCAGAUUUUCAAAGGAUCAAUAUCAACAAUUGAUGGGAAUGCUGAAUCAAAAGAACCUAUUUCCACCUACACACUCAUCCAAUCUGGUGACUUCCUCUGCUUUCAAUUCUAACACAAAAGAAUCAGGUAUAUCUUUCAAGGUUUGA